AUGAAACUCGGUGACGGAAGACGGCGCUUCUGUCUUAAUUAGUUUAAGCAAUAUAGUUAUAUUAAAUAUCAGCAAGAAUACGACUCAGUCACUCAGGGAAAAAAUCAAUGCGCGGGAAAGUUUUAUUCUGUGAAUUAUCUGAGACCUGUGUUGUGUAGACUGUAGACGAAAUAUUAUAUUGCUCUGAAUGCGCUUAUAAACCAACUCCAUUUUUAAAAUCCCCGACGAUGACGUAAAUUAAAUAAAUAGCUGAGGUUCUAAAGAAGACUUCUUAAUAAAGUAGUUAAAUAACGGAUACUAUAUUGAAGUGAGCAAAAAGGAUGUGGCGAUCAGCCUCGUACAUGCUGCGUGUAGUGGCUGGAGUGGCGCUCGCCACUUCUCUCGCCCUGGCCCGCCGCGACUACCGCGACCCUGACAGGCAGAACGCGGACAUCUCACUGUGGAUCGACGAGAGACAGGUGCGGAUGUUCAGCGGUAUAUCGAUGCAAGUUUUCGCCAUAGUGAACGGUAAUAUAUCGCCGUACGUUCUGGAUCCUAAUUUCUCUCACAAGCUGCCAACGAUACCCUCGGAGGUCGGCUACGUGAACUUCACGUGGAGGUCGAAGAAGAGAUACUAUUACAACUUCGAUACAUUAACUUCGUCAGACCCUAAAGUAUUGAAACCUCCGCUCUUGUCUAUCAAAACACAGGGCCGAGUGCCUAAAAUGUCUAAAGAGUUCAGUAUAUUUCUGCCAUGUAUGGGCAAUGUGAGUGGUGUGGCAACGUUUGAGAUAGGGUUAGUGCUUAAAAACGGUAGAGGCAUCCCCUUGAAAGGGACGCCCUUGAGGUUGAACCUAAAGAAGGAAUGCGCACAGAGAGGUGUGUAUUUAGAAAGGACAGGACCGGAUCCGGAAUGCGAUAAAAAAUGCGCGAACCAGGGCUGGUGUAACAGUGAGAAGAUCUGCCAAUGUCCCGAGGGGUACAUGGGACAGCAUUGUAGGACCGCUCUCUGUUACCCGCAGUGUAUGAACGGGGGUAACUGUACUGCGCCCGGGGUCUGCUCCUGUCCCCCCGGCUACCAGGGACGGCAUUGCGAAGGAGGUAUAUGUUCACAAAAAUGUUUAAACGGCGGCAAAUGUAUUCAGAAGGACACCUGCGAAUGUCCCAAAGGAUACUACGGUUUACACUGCGAGUUCUCAAAGUGUGUGAUCCCUUGCCUUAACGGGGGUCGUUGUAAGGGUGUGAACAAGUGCCGUUGUCCGGCCGGCCUCGGGGGGAAUCACUGUGAGGUGGGGAGACGUGGGGGGGAGUGUGCCCGCGCCUGCAGACACGGCGUGUGCCGGGCGGGAGUAUGCCGCUGUGAGCCCGGCUGGAGGGGACGAUACUGUCAUCGUAACUAUGGUGGGUCAAAGGCGAGAGAUAUUCGAGCUGAAGACCAAACUCAGUAAUGUAAUAUGGGAGACGCCUGAUGAUGAAUGAAUGAAUGAUGGACACAUAUCAAACUACUGGUAUAUAGGCAGCUAGAAAGUGGUAGAACAAAUUUGAUGAUAAUUGUGUGUCAUAUUACAAAAGCGGUAUAAAAUUGUUCCAUAAAUAUAUGGAUAAGUAACGUUAGAUAGGAGUCCCUUGCAACCCAGGAGUAGGUUACAUCUGGGUGGCAAGUCCCAGGCACUGUUGAAGCUCAUCUCCCUGCAAUGCAAUGGACCCGGCACCCGCACUGUGAAUCCAUUGAAUGCUAAGAGGUUUCGUCCCAAGGGUGUCGUUUCUAGGAACUACGGAACUGUAGUAUUCUACCAUAUUAUAUGGAAUCUACUAGUUCCAACCCGAAUUAGGCUACACAAUAAAAUGGUUGAAUGUGAGUUUAAAUGAAAGAGAGUUGUCCAUAAGAGACAUUAGAGAUAAGAAUAAUAGGAGGACUGUAACAGUUAAUUUGUUCAGGUUCUUCAGAAGAGUCCGGGGAGUUAAAGAGGCCGCGAUGAAAAGCAAUAGAACACCAGGUGGUACAACUUACUUAAGUAACUUGUGAUUUCAUUAAGUUUAUUGAAAAUUUUUAUAUUUUGUAAUAAUUACUAAAUUAGUCAUUUAGGAAUUAAGGUUUAUUAUUUUAUAAGGUAUUAAAAGAUUUUUGUAUAAGAUGACAAAUUAAA